GAGACACAGAAGCACCAACGUAGGCAGUCUGAAACAAUCUAAUUGCGAAAACUUGACUAUCUGCUGAGGAGAGAGGUCCAAUCAUGUUCUCAAGUCUCUCACUACUCACAUGCACCUUAUUUUAUCUCCAUAUCUGUCUUCCCAUUUGGACGAAGGAGUUUAAGCCAGUAUCACCCUCGCCAAUGAUCCACAAUAAGCCCUUUAGUGUGAUUUGGAACACUCCUACUAUGCGCUGCAAAUCUAAAUUUAAUGUUGAUUUGAAGCUGAAUGCUUUUGAUAUUGUUGCAAAUGAAAAUGAGAUCUUUAUGGGGAAGAAGAUGACCAUAUUUUACAAAAUCAAACUGGGGCUUUAUCCAUUCUAUACUGCUGAGGGCAUUCCAGUGAAUGGUGGCCUUGUCCAGAAUGCCAGUUUGUGCAACCACCUCCAAAUAGUAGGUGACAACAUAACCAACAUGAUGGAUCCUAACUUCCAUGGUCUUGCAGUAAUAGAUUGGGAAGAGUGGCGACCACUUUGGGUCCGUAACUGGGGCAAAAUGAAUAUCUACAAGAAAAAUUCCAAAGAAUUAGCAAGAAGCAAAUACCCUCAUUUAACUGAAAGUGAGAUUCUCCAGAUUGCCAAAAAGGAAUAUGAAGAUGCUGCAAAGAAUUUUAUGAGGAAAACUCUAAAACUAGGACAGAUUCUGAGACCAGAGGCUUGCUGGGGCUUUUAUAAAUUUCCGGACUGCUAUAAUUAUGUUAAGAAGAAGACACAGACCAAUUACUCAGGUCAUUGCAAUAAGGAAGAUAUCCCUAGAAAUAACCAGCUAGCAUGGCUCUGGAAAACAUCACGAUGUCUAUAUCCCAGUAUUUACAUUCCUAAGCCAUUAAAAUCCUCAAGUUAUGUUCAAAGGUUUGUUCACUACAGGAUUAAGGAGGCUCUCCGUGUUGCUGCCCUUGAUCCAGUCAGAGAUGCUCUGCCUGUUUUGGCUUACUCCAAGUAUGCAUAUGUAAAAUCACUUGACUUCUUGAGUGAGAUUGAUUUGGUACACACCAUUGGAGAGAGUGCAGCUAUGGGAGCCUCUGGAGUGGUUCUGUGGGGAAAUAAUGACCUUUCACGUAGCAAAAGGCGAUGUGAGGCGUUGAAGAAUUACAUUGACAAGGAACUUGGAAUAUACAUCCUAAACACAACUACAGCUGCCAUAUUGUGCAGCAGGAUUCUGUGCAAUAACAAUGGACGAUGUGUGCGGAAAAACCCUGAGGCCAAAGUUUUCCUACUUCUUGAUCCCAAAAGCUUUGACAUUAUUCCCUCUGUUACUUCCAGUGACUUUUCAUUAAAAGCCCGAGGAGAAUUCCAUUCUGAAGCAGUGAAAAACAUGAAAAAGCAAUUCAAAUGCCAAUGCUACAAGGGAGGGAUGGCACCUGACUGUGAGAAUAAAUCAAACUUUUAGAUCUACAUAUCACCAUUCUUAUUUUCCUCCUUUUUCAUUUUAUAUUUCAAUGUAAAGUGGUGAUUCACACUAGCAAUCCUCAGGUAUAGCAGCUAAAUGGAAAUUCUUCUUGUAUGCAGCUAGAGUAGUUGUAUCAGUCAGCUAAUUGAACUGGUGAAAUCUGUAUAUCAUAUCUAUGUUUGUGCAUCUUUCAGUGGGCAACCAUAAAACAGUAAAUGCAAUGCAAGGCCAUUGCAAUGUUGGCACUUAUUUUGAGACGACUUGAAAAUAAAAGCAGGGAC